AUGGUUCUUCAGAUAGUGAUUGUGAUUAAAGUUCUACUCAAUUACUACGUUCAGAAGGAAAGAUGGAGCACAUUUGACUCUGCUGUAACUCAUCUUAUGAACGCCUCCAUUCUAAUCACAGUGUCUCAUGGAGUUUUGUUCACUUGGAAAAACUCUCAGAGAAUAGCAAACGCUCUUAACAAUUGGAAAUUUCUUCAAAACUCUUUUCAAUCUGUCACAUCCAAACGUAUAUCUUCAUGGCUGCUGGAUCACCCAUAUCUUGGAAUCUCGAUCCCUACGUUUUAUCUCAUCAUUAUUGAGUACACACCAGUCAUCUUAUACUACAUCCUGCAAACAAACAUGAACAGGAGAUCAGGUGUUGUUACAUACUUUGCAUAUUUCUGUGCAACAUGGUACAUCAAACUUGUGUUGUGGUUUUGGCUGAUUUUUACCCAUUCUGUCUCCCAAGCUUCACAAAUCCUGAAGAUCAGUUUUGCGGAGAUGAUGGCAGGAGACCCCACUGUGAGCAGGUUGCGUCUUCACCGUACUCUUUGGCUUGAACUACACAACUACACUUGUGCUGUCACCGCUGCGGUUGGCAACACUGUCCGAGCCUGGUUGUUCAACCUGGUAAUGUCGUUCUACUUCUCUAUCUACGCUUGUUCCAUGAGUUUUGCCAAUGGUACCAACAAGACCAGCACUAUCAUCCCCCUGCUUGCCAGAGGUCUACAAGCUUUUCUUGUCAACAAUGCUACUUCUCGAGCUGAAUCCCAGAUGAGUGAGGAUUUUAUCCUGAAAAUUUUAAGUUUUAACUUCAGUGAGUUUACACAAGACCAACUGGAAGAAAUUGAAUUAUUUCUCUACACUAUUGAAAACUCUUCUGGCCGCUUCUCACUUGAACAUAUGGUAGAACCAUCACGUCAGACUAUACUUGAUGUGAGUAGAACAUAUGUGUUACGGACUAGCUUUACAUCCAAGAGAGGUUGGUCGGGAUUUGACUCUACAAUACAAACCCUAAUGAAUCUUUCUUUAUUGACCACAGUGCCUCAAAGUAUACUGUUAACAUGGAGAAAAUCUGGCAACAUCGCCAGUGCAAUCAAUCAAUGGAAAACAUUUCAGAAAACCUUCCAAGAAGUCACCAGAAGAUCUAUUUCGUCUUUCCCGCUAGAACACCCAAACUGGACAGUCUUUCUUAUAGCAUUCUGUUCAUCUCUCACAGACUUUAUUCCAGCCACAAUAAGUUAUCAACGAACAGUUAAAGAUCAAUUCAAGAUCCAUGUGUUUGUGGUGUAUGGUGCCACGGUUUUGUAUGUAAAAAUGAUUCUGGCUAUUUGGCUUAUGCAUACUCAUUCUGUCUCGCUAGCUGCAAAGCUUCUCAAGGACAGUUUGGUAGAGAUGCUGGCUGGAGAUCCCACUGUCAUAAAGUUACGUCUUCACCGUUCUUUGUGGGUCGAACUACACAACUACACUUGCGCUGUCACUGCUGCGGUUGGCAACACUGUCCGAGCCUGGUUGAUGACCAACAUUCUAACAGCAAGCCUGAGCGUUUAUGCGACUGGAAUAAGUUUUACCAACAACGAACCCCUCAAAGUCUCAACAUACACACCGAUAAUAACCUGCGCUCUGCCUGUCUUUCUUAUCAACAAUGCUUCCUUCAUGGCUGAUGAUCAGACAGUAAAGAAAAAAACCGAUGCUCAGAUUGGUUAA